AUGAGUCAAGAUGUGCAUCAGCCUGAAGUUCCUCGGCGUCAUAGGCCUACUGCUUCAGUACGUAGGCAAUGGGUUCAUGUGACUGAGGACGUUACUCAGACACUUGAGGAUGUGCCUCAAUUGAAUGAGGAUGUUCCUCAUGUGUCUGACGCUACUCCGGAGAUGACAAGCGCCACCGAUGCUGCGGAUGCAGAGGGAGUGGCUAGUGAUGGUAGCUUGGGUUCACCUGCUACUAAUGAGGGAUUCCCUAGUAGGCCACAUGACCCAUUGGAACGACCCGGUCUAAAGUUGGUCUCCCAUGGUAGGAAAGUAGAUAAAUUUGGGAGACCAGCGCCUGAGAUAGAAGGCAUGAUUGCAGCCACCGGAUCGAGUCCACUGAUCAGGUGCUCUGUAAUCACCACUGAUCCUGGACUUAUAUCCGCUUUCGUCGAGAGGUGGCAUAGGGAGACCAGCACCUUCCACCUGCUAGUAGGAGAGUUGACGGUCACUCUAGAUGACGUUUCGUCACUCCUACACCUUGCCAUCACUAGCGCGCUGCAUGCCUUCGAGCCGCUGGUUACUUCUGACGCGGUGGGGCUUUUGACGGAGCUGCUUGAGGUCACCCCUGAGGAAGCUACAGCUGAGACCCGUCAGGCUAGUGGGCCUUAUGUUCGAUUGUCCUAG